CUCUUCUUCUUCGUCUUCUUCCUCAUUGCUUCUAAAUUUAGCUCAAAAAUGUGUUGCCAAGAAGUGCUUUUGGUCCAAAAAGUCUCAGAACUUUACCACAAAAUCUCCACUCUCCAAAGCCUCAAACCCUCCAAAGAUGUCAACUCCCUCUUCUCCCAACUCGUCCUCACCUGCGCCCCACCGCCACCAUCACCGCCACCCAUCGACGUCUCGAAGCUCGGCUCCGCCGUCCAAAAAAUGAGGUCCCACCUCAUCAAGCUCUGCGGCGAGGCCGAGGCCCUCCUUGAGCACCAUUACUCCUCCAUUUUAGCUUCCCAUGAAAACCCUCUUGAAAAUCUCUCCAUUUUCCCUUACUACUCCAACUACUUGAAACUUGCACACCUUGAAUUCUCCAUUUUGGAACGCCACGCGCAGCCGUCCAAGGUGGCUUUCGUUGGCUCUGGGGCGCUCCCGUUCACGUCGAUCAUCAUGGCCUCCAAGUACCUCCCGGCCACCGAGUUCCACAACUUCGACGUCGACCCGUCAGCCAACGCGAAGGCUGCGGCCCUGGUGGCCGGGGACCGGGACCUGGAGCGGCGGAUGGUGUUCCACACGGCGGACAUCAUGGAGGUGACCGGCGAGCUGAGGGGGUUCCAAGUGGUAUUUUUGGCGGCGUUGGUGGGGAUGGAGCGGGAGGAGAAGGUGAAGGUGAUCGAGCACUUGGGGAAAAACAUGGGCGGCGGCGCGUUGCUGAUGCUGAGGAGCGCGUAUGGAGCACGCGCCUUCCUUUAUCCAGUUGUGGAAGCUCGUGAUCUCCAAGGGUUUGAGAUUCUUACAGUGUUUCAUCCCACGGACGAGGUUAUCAAUUCUGUUGUGUUGGCUCGAUUGUAAUGUGUUUAAUUAAUUUAAUUAAACACAUUACAAAAUUAAUUAUCCAAAAUAAAGAAAUAUAUAUAUCUACUUUCAUAUGAAUAUAUGAUAUAUAUAAACUAUCUAAUUGUAAUGUUUGUGGAACAAGAAAAUAUUAUUGCAUGGUUUUUUCUUGGUUCUGCAUGUAAGUUGGAUUCAGUUUCCCAAGGAAUAAAUAUGGAAUGAAUGUGAA